AUGUCAGACAUUUCGUCGAUGAUGCAGGACGGUCGACAGUUUUCUGCCGCGUUCGAUGAGGAAGCCAACUUCUGCGCUGGCGCAACUCAGAUUUACUGGCAUAGCCCGAUGUGCGUAAAGUACUCCAUCAACAGACUGGCGAAGGAGAGAAAUCUAUGUAGGUUCAAGGCCCCUUGGAGACUUGUGGAGAGGACGGGUCUCAGGGAGGACGGAGUGUUGGAACUUCGGCGGAAUUAUAGCAUGGUGAAUAGGUGGAACAAGGCGAUCAGUUGGAUUGAGACACAAUCUCUAUAUGUCUUUUAUAGCGACACAGAGCAAAAUGUUGGCGGUGAUGUAUGUCACGAAUUACGCUUCAAAGAUCGAAGACCUGGUGUGGAAACGAGGGGCGACAGUGGCGGAAGUGUUUCGUACCGCGGAGAGUUCGAUAGCGAGAAACGGUGGCAGUAA